AUGGUGAAUUUUUCGUUUUUAGAUGCUGUGAAAGAGAUGCAUGGAUUUGCUAAGUUUGAGAAAGACCUGCUUACGAAGAAGAGGUCGGUUCAACAUGAGACAAUGAAUCUAACUCAUCACGUGAGUUCAAUUAUUGCUUCUAUCAUAGUUCAGAAGAAGGGAGAUCCAGGGGCGUUUACCAUUCCGUGGCGAGUAUCAACUCGUUCUCUGUGUGAUAAUGGGGCGUGUAUCAAUCUAAUGCCCUUUGCUAUUUUCAAGCGAUCCGGAUUGGGAAUGCCUAGACCAACUUCUAUGCAAUUACAAAUGGCACAUAGAUCCAUUAAGAAGCCAGUUGGGGUUAUAGAUGAUGUGUUGGUACAAGUGGGUAAGUUCAUGUCGCCUGCUGAUUUCGUUAUUCUAGAUUGUCCGGUUGAUAAAGAUAUUCCCAUCAUCUUGGGAAGACCCUUCCUUACUACGGGCAGAGAGCUUAUGGACUCUGAAAAGAAUGAAAUCAAGUUCCGAGUGAAUGAGGAAUAG